CUUUUUCAAUGCAAACUGAAGCAUGAUUGAUGCUAUAAACGUCACUCAACUAAUCAUACCUACCUUCAGAUUCAACUUACAACAUGGGCGGCCAGGUAUCUCGCACCGAUUUUGAAUGGUCUUAUACCGAAGAGCCCCAUGCAAGCAGACGAAAAGAAAUUCUCGAAAAAUACCCAGAGAUCAAGAAGCUGAUGGGAUUCGACCCUAACUUCAAGUACCAAGUUCUUUUCCUUGUUGUGCUACAGUUUUGCAUAGCAUACAUUGUCAAAGACUUUUCCUGGACGUGGCUUAUAGUGAUGGCCUAUCUUGUAGGUGCCGUCAUCAACAAUGGAUUACUAGUCGCCCUCCACGARAUAUCUCACAACAUUGUGUUUGGAAACUCAAAACCACUGCUUAAUCGACUGUUUGGUUUCGUUGCCAACUUGCCAAUUGGGAUCCCAUGCUCUGUGUCGUUUAAAAAAUGGCAUAUCGAUCAUCAUCGUUACCUUGGUGACGAGGAAAUGGACCCUGAUUUGCCAACUGAAUGGGAAGGUCGYUUCUUCGCCAAUACAGCAACGAAGUUUCUAUACGUGUUUUUGAUUCCAUUCUUUUACUCACUACGUCCUGUAUUUGUCAACCCUAAGAAGCCAUUGCCACUGGAGAUUGCUAAUGCCAUAUUGCAGCUUGCUGUUGAUGGCCUUCUUGUUCACUGGUUUGGCUGGAAGUACCUUGUYUACCUAGUUGCAUCAACCCUMCUUGGAAUGGGCCUUCAUCCCGCAGCAGGGCACUAUAUUGCUGAGCAUUACAUGUUCCUCAAGGGACAAGAAACCUUCUCCUACUACGGGCCYCUGAAYUGGRUMACMUUUAAUGUUGGCUACCAUAAUGAGCAYCAUGAUUUCCCAAGUGUCCCAGGCUCAAGACUUCCCCUCAUUAAGAARAUCGCUCCAGAGUACUACAAUAACCUAAAGCACCAUGACUCGUGGAUCAGGGUCAUYUAUGAAUUCAUCACAGACCCAAAUAUUGGACCAUACGCAAGAAUCAAACACAAAAGCAAGAAAGGAAAAGAAGAAAAUGGGACAAAAAAGAGUCAUUAAUUUCUCGCUACUGAUCCCGUAAAAAAUGUUUGUAAAAUGUGGAUGGCCUUUAGCCGCGUUCUAUUUAAUAAAUUGCUGGGCAGCGCGUAGCCAUAAAUGAUUAAAUGGUGAAGGAACUAGGUAAACUAUCCAAUGGGAACUAGGUUUGUAAAGGUGCAAUGAAAACUGAAUGUAUAGAUCAAAUAUUCACCCGGGAAUAUCAUGUAUAGCUACUAYUUUUAUAACCUGAAUAUAAUACAUUAGAACUAGAUCAGCCAAGCACCAUUGUAGCCGCUUUUAAGCAAGCAUAGCAAAAUGUCAAAAAAUUUAAAGACAGGGACGGAAGCUUUCCAAAACUCAGCCAUCUUGUUGACACAAAUCACGAAUAGUGUCAUAUAGCACGCAGUUGAUGUAAUGACGAAYAUCUUUCWGUAAGCAGAUGAUCCUUAUGAACUCAGAUGCAAUCCGAUCUGUGCCCAAACUUCACGUYCAACACAGGAAUCCCAUCACAAGACGUGAUGCAAUCGAGAGGGUAUCAUGUUCUAACACUGUCACGAAAGACCACGAAGGUUCAAGAAAUGUUUCGAAGCAAGUCGUUACAGUAUAAAUCGAGGAAGAUAAGCGGCUGGGGUCAAUUUUGAACAGGGUCAACUACUUAACGCUGUCAUCAAUUACAUCAUGAGAUUGCAACGAUUUAACGGCGCAUGUCGACCAGUUUCUACUCGAAGGUCUAAAAAAAUACUGAAAACUGUAAGAUAUUUUAAGUCGAUAUAUUUGAUUAAAGGAAUAAAAAAAGCA